AAGGCAAGCCAACUACAUAUGGAAAGGACAAUUGCGCACCAGCCACUUACAACCAAGUCUUUUCCCCCAAAUAUCUUUAGUCCCAACCUACCCUUACAAUUAUCCAUACUCCAAGCCAUGGCCGCAGUUGAAGUUACCAAGCCUGCAGCAGACUCCUUUGUCGUCCAAAUCGACCAACCCCCUUCUCCUCCUACUAUUUACAGAGUCCCCCACGAUCUUCGCAAGCUCAACGAAAGUGCUUAUACCCCUCGCCUCGUCUCCAUUGGCCCUCUUCACUGCGAAGAUGAACGCUUGAUGAACUCACGCGUCAACAAGACCAAGGAGAACUAUUGCCUCAAAUCACUCAUUCGUCGGUCAGCCAAAUCGGACGACGACGAAGCAGUGUUGGAAAACCUGGAAAGAGAGUACCGGGAGAAGAUGGAGAAGUCGGUUGAGGACUCGGUUGAGGAGGCCAAGAGGUACUACGAAGACGACAAAGCUAAGGCGUUGGUCGACUCAAAGAUGCUCUUGGCGGAUGCUUGUUUUGUACUGGAACUUCUCUACCGGCGUCAUGAGAUGGUUUCUGUUCGCAAGAUUCCCGAACUUGGGAUAGAUUGCGUCCGGGCUUACCGCACUGUUCAACGAGACUUGUUGUUAUUGGAGAACCAGCUUCCGUUCUUCGUUCUUGAGAAACUCUUCCAUCUCACAAAAACUGAAGCCGGUGCCGGAGGGUCUUCUCUUAUUGGAUGCAUAUUGGCAUUUUUUGGCGAUUUGCUCAUCACGAAACCAGGGGGCGAUGACAAAAAUACUAUUAAAAAUCCAUGUCACAUCCUCCAUCUCCUUCACGUGCACUACCUUCCAGCCGGCGAGCUGAAGGCCGAGCCUCGCUGCCAAUUCCUGCAAUCUGCUUUAGACCUUGACUAUGCGGGUGUCAGGUUCGAAUCGAACAAAGCCAGAAGCCCAUUCCAGGUCAAAUUUGAACCCCCUUCCGGGAUCAAACGGUGGUGGUUCUGCAGUGCUUCUUUCAAAAUUCCGGCUCUGCAUGUUGACGACUCGACCGAGAUGAUCCUGAGAAACCUCAUCGCCUUCGAGCAGUGCUGCUCCGACGUUCAGAGCUAUGUUACAUCGUAUGCCUUCGUCAUGGACAGGCUGAUCAACACUGCCAAGGACGUGGCCGUGCUCCAAAAGGCUGGGAUUAUAUGUAACUACUUGGGCUCCCAUAACGAUGCUUCCGAUCUGUUCAAUAAACUGUUCUCCGAAGUUGCAAUUGGGGAUUUCUACUUCGCCAAAACAUGCAAGGAAGCCCACGAAUACAGCAGCCGGCGCUGGCCGAAGGCGGUGGCGUCUCUGAAGCGGAACAACUUUGCGACUCCGUGGGGCUACGUCGCUUUCGGCGUUGCUUUUGUUUUAUUCUUCUCGUCGCUGAUAACUUCCAUCCGCAACCUCAGAGAUUUGUCAAAGUAGUAGGAUGUGGAAGAGCUCGCCUGCAUUAAUGGCAGAAACACCGCAAGCAGGAAAUGAAUUAGAUGAAAAUAUCUUGAAAGUUUAUGGGUUUAUUAUAUAUAAUAUAUAAAUUUAACGUAUCUUGAAAAUUAGAAGGUUGGGCUAUAUGUAUGUGUGUGUGUGUGUAUAUAUAUAUAUAUGGGUAGGUAGUCCACUAUAUUUGUGACUUUGGACAGGUGUUUGUGACUACGCAUACAUGAGAUUUGUUUUGUUGCUCAGGUUGAGUUUGACUGAUACAAGCAUGUAAGAGGUGCCCAUGUCCUUAUAAUCGAACAGCAUAAACAAAAUAUAUUUGUAUAAGAAAUAUGGUAAUAGCAAGUGUGUAUUAUAUAUGCAUGUAUCUUCGUGUGCCUUUGUCUUGCAGCAACUCAAUAGGAGAACAAGUAAUCUAGGUCAACUCGUGCUAGGGAGUCAGAGGGAUGGAGCCCCUUGGGCUCAUCUUAACCUUCUAUAUAUGGAAUCAAGACUCAGCUCAAGAAGUACUUAUGAAUAAGGACAUUCUAGUGGAAGCAUCGAAAUUAUCUCUAACCCUCUAUCAUGGAAUCUAAUAUGAGCUGACACUCCAAGUGCCUUGAUACAGCCUCAGUAACAAUGCAAAAGGUCCAGUACACAGAUCAGGAUGUUAAGAUCAUCAGAGUCAGAUCAUGUACUCGACAUUCUCUUAGUUGAGGAUGUAGGCAUCUUCCCGAACCACCAAAACCAAAGAUUUACUCUCUCAGUUACAGAUGUAGGCAUCUUAUCGAACCGUCGAAACAAAAACAUUUAUU